AUAAUCUUAAAUUUUUUUUUUCAAUACCAAGUUCUAAGUGAAAAAAAACAUGCCUCAAAACAUCAAUCGUUCGGGGCCAUUCAUAGGUGCGAUCGACGAAGGAACGAGUAGCGCUAGAUUCUUAGUAUUUGAUGUACUACAUAGAAAAGUAGUAGCAUCACAUCAAAUUGAAAUUAAACAGAAAUAUCCACAAGAAGGAUGGGUGGAACAAGAUCCAAAAGAGAUCUUACAAGCAGUUCGAGAAUGCAUAAAAAAGACUAUAGAAAAAUUAAAAGAUAUUGGUUUGAGUGUAUCAGAUAUCAAAGCAGUUGGGAUUACCAAUCAAAGAGAAACUACCUUAAUGUGGGAUAAAAAUACAGGAGAACCAUUGCACAAUGCAAUUGUAUGGCUGGAUAUGAGGACAACUACAACUUUGGAAGAUAUAUUAGAUAGUGUACCAAAUAAGACAAGAAACAAAAAUUAUUUAAAACCACUUUGUGGUCUUCCAAUGUCACCAUAUUUUAGUGCUCUUAAAAUACGUUGGCUUAUUGAUAAUAUACCACGUGUUAAGCAUGCAGUAGAUGAAGAGACAUGUGCUUUCGGAACAGUUGAUACAUGGCUCCUUUGGAAUCUAACCAAAGGACAGUUACAUGUAACAGAUGUAUCAAAUGCAUCUCGUACUAUGUUAAUGAAUAUUGAAUCAUUAAAAUGGGAUCCUUUAUUAUGUCGAUUUUUUGGAAUUCCACAACAUAUUUUGCCUGAAAUACGAUCCAGUGCUGAAGUAUAUGGAGUAGUUGCAAAUCCAGAAGUUCUUGCUGGUGUACCUAUAGCAGGGUGUGUAGGUGAUCAACAAGGAGCACUUCUUGGUCAACUGUGCUUAAAACCUGGGCAAGCAAAAGCUACUUAUGGGACUGGUUGUUUCUUGCUUUAUAAUACUGGAAAUGUUGUAUUAGAUUCCAAUCAAGGUCUUAUAACAACUAUUGCAUAUAAACUGGGUAAAGCUCCAGCAACUUAUGCAUUGGAAGGCUCAGUAGCUGUAGCUGGAGCAGCUUUAUCAUGGUUGCGUGAUAACAUGCAACUCUUCAGUAACAUUACACAGUCUCAAGACAUGGCAGAACGUGUAAGAUGUUCUGGAGAUGUAUAUUUUGUACCCGCAUUUUCUGGUUUAUACGCACCAUAUUGGCAACAAGACGCACGAGGGGUAAUUUGUGGUAUUACUGAAGAUACACAACAGUAUCAUAUCGUUCGGGCAGCAUUGGAAGCUGUCUGUUUCCAAACACGCGACAUUUUAGAAGCAAUGGUUAAAGAUUCUGGAACGAAACUAACGAAUUUACAAGUUGACGGUGGAAUGACUGUAAAUAAUUUACUUAUGCAGCUACAAGCUGAUAUAACGGGAAUAAAUGUUGUGAGACCCAAUAUGGUAGAAACAACAGCAUUGGGAGCAGCUAUGUUAGCUGGUGUUGGGGCUGGGGUUAUCGACAUCAACGAUGUGGAUGCAUCGCAAGUUACAAAGUUUUCACCAGCUAUUGGAGAAGAUGAAAGAGACUUGAGGUAUUCUAAAUGGAAAAUGGCUGUGGAAAGGUCUAUGAAGUGGGAUAGCGCUUCCGCUUUAAUGAAUAAUUGAAACAAAAGCAAUAUGCACCUCCCAAUAAUAAAAAGAAAAAUAGAAAAUUCAAUUACAUCUCAAUCAAAAAAGAUUGUGUAAAGAUAAAUGCUGAAUAUGAAAGUUUUAAAUUUAAUAUAUUACAUUAUUUAAGCGCAACAAGCUACAGGUUAUAGAAAACAGG